ACGCAGCUGGCUGGCAGCGGUCGGGCCGGUCCGGGCUGGGCCCUACGCACUUUGCGUAGCGAGAGGGGUUAACUAAGGCCUAGAGCUGGGCCUUGAGCAAGUCCUGCCUAUCCCCUAGAGGGGAGUGGGUGAGGGACGAGGUGGAGAAAGAAAAGAGGAGAAGUUGGGGCUGUUUAAGGGCAUUCUAAUUUCUUUAAAAAGAGAGCAAAGUGGAUGCCAUGGCUGUCCCAGCCAAGAAGAGAAAGAUGAACUUUUCAGAGCGGGAGGUGGAGAUCAUCGUGGAGGAGCUGGAGUUGAAGAAGCACCUGCUGGUGAACCACUUCAACGCUGGGGUCCCCCUGGCUGCCAAGAGCGCGGCCUGGCAUGGCAUCCUGAGAAGGGUCAACGCCGUAGCCACCUGCCGCAGGGAGCUGCCUGAGGUCAAGAAAAAGUGGUCUGAUCUCAAGACCGAGGUCCGACGCAAAGUUGCCCAAGUCCGGGCUGCUGUGGAAGGUGGCGAGGCCCCAGGGCCCACAGAGGAGGAUGGAGCUGGUGGGCCUGGGACAGGCGGUGGCAGUGGCGGCAGUGGCACAGCUGUAACCCCUGUACUGCUGACCCCCAUGCAACAACGCAUCUGCAACCUGCUGGGCGAGGCCACCAUCAUCAGCCUGCCCAGUACCACAGAGAUCCACCCUGUGGCCCUCGGACCCUCGGCCACUGCAGCUGCAGCCACGGUCACCCUGACACAGAUCCCUGCUGAGACCACCUAUCACACGCUGGAGGAGGGAGUGGUGGAGUACUGCACAGCCGAGGCUCCCCCACCCCUGCCAACCGAGGCCCCUGUGGAGAUGAUAGCCCAGCAUGCAGACGCAUCUGUCAAACCACAGGCACUCAAGAGCCGCAUUGCCCUCAACUCGGCCAAGCUGAUCCAAGAGCAGCGAGUCACCAACCUACAUGUGAAAGAGAUCGCCCAGCACCUGGAACAGCAGAAUGAUCUGUUACAGAUGAUCCGGCGUUCCCAGGAGGUACAGGCCUGUGCUCAGGAACGCCAGGCACAGGCCAUGGAGGGUACCCAGGCAGCUUUGAGUGUCCUUAUCCAGGUCCUCCGGCCCAUGAUCAAAGAUUUCCGACGCUACCUGCAGAGUAACACACCCAACCCAACCCCAGCUUCUGACCCUGGACAGGUGGCCCAGAAUGGGCAGCCAGACAGCAUCAUCCAGUGAGGGUAGGAGCCAAACCAGUGUUCUGCCGUGAUCAGAGGAAGCCUCUGUGGAAUUGUAAGUGGCUUCUGUGAGUGACUUUAAGUGGACCACAUAGAUAGCUCCCACUUGGAUAGCUAUUUGGGGUUUACUGGGCUGAGAAAUGAAGGAGGCUGGAAAGAAGAAUUUGCUGGCCUCCUGGGACCCAAUGUCUCUUAGUCCAACCUCUGGAACUGCCUUGUUGAAAUCAGGAAGGUUUAGCUAGGAGUCAUGUGUUCGGGUAAUAAGGCACAUGUUGUCAUGAUCCAAGGCUUGGGACACGACCCAGGCUUAGCCUAGGGCAACUUUAAAAGACAUAGUGAUUCUUAUUGGGGGCCAUGUCACAGCCCAGGAUCUAUGCCGAACUGCCCCACCCCAGGUCUACCAUCCUUUUUAGGGGGAUCCUGACAGUGGUGCUGGUGGAAAUGCAAUAACACGUUUCUCACUUGUGAGGAUGUCAGCCCAGUGCCACUGAGAAACCCCAGCCCUUUCUCACUGUGCCUCCAUCCUCAGGGGACUCUCCUUACUGCUGUGUGCCACACCCACUCAGGCUCAACCCGGCUCUGAAGUGCCCUAAGAUGCCCCUGCAGUAUACCUGGCAUGCAGCCAACCUGGAUCAGGCAUGCUGUGUGUGGUGGGAAUGGGUUGGCCCCUUUCUGGUCUUCCAUAUCAUGCCUGGGCAGCCCUCAUGUGGUUUGUCCCACCCCUAGACUUUGACACAGAUUGGGCUUCAGGUGCUGUCAAUUUUAGAGAAAGCAAACCAGUGUGGAAUCGUGUCCCCUGCUACAGUGCCGGUGAGGUAAACUGCUGGCUUUUCUCAGAAGGCUCAUGUCAAACAGGCUGUAUUUAUUCUAUGGGUGAACCCCUUCUGGGAAGAUUCCAGGCUCUGUGGUCACUCUUCCUUCCUCUCUGUUAGACCAGUGUCCAAAACACAGUGCCCCUGCCGAGCGUCCCA